UAAUCAUCUGAGGACUUGUCAUGGAUUUUUUCGGACAUUAGUUACAACCUGCUUUUAAAAGAAUGGAGGAGAGUGUGGAUGUUAAAGCCCUCAGGGCCAGGUUUCACGAACAGGCUGCUAUGGCUGCUGCCGCCGCUGGGGCUGUAAGGACUCAGUUGUCUCCCGGCGAGAAAUCUGGAGAGCUCGCGGCUAACGGCACUACCAGAAACAAACCUUCCCCGGUCCCACCGAGAACCUUCCCACCGCCGAAUCCCAUGGCUGAAAAAAUAAAACCCGUACAAGCACCGCGCGGUAUAUUCCCGCGACCACCGCCGUCUUACCGUCCGGAAGCACGGGAGAGUCCAGCAUCAUCUCCGGCGGAGCCCGAAAGAACGGGACUUAUCAGAGCUAAGGGAGAGAUGCUUCAGAACUUGAUGUUAAAGCAACAGGGAGAGAGUCCCGCCCGGGCAAAUCCGCCGAUACCCUCUUUACGUACCCAGAGGAGCACGGGUGAGGUGCCACCCCUGAGGAAGCCCCUCCCAAACGUGGGACCUAGGCCACAAAAGCCUAAACGACCCCCUCAUGUCAGCUUGGACCACAUCCGCAAAAAGAUUCCCGGACAACCAGGCCUGCAGACACCUGAAGGACCACCAAGACCUCCAAAUAAACCCAGCAACUCGAUACAGUCUUUCUCAAAUCUAAAACCAGACAAUUCGUUGCCCCCUCCUCCGCCGCCUCCGCCAAAGCACUCCGGCUCCAGAGAUUCAUGGAGAAACAGUUUCUCAUCUCAGGUUGAUGAGGACAGUGACCAGAGUGACAUUUAUGAACCGGUCGAUGAAAGAGAGGAGGCACCCAGACCACCUGCUCCUCCAAGGCCGAACGAAAGAGACUUAAGACGGCAACACGACCAGCAGAAGAAAGAUCAGAGAGUCCGAGAAAAAAAAGAAAAGGAAUACCUUAAAAAAUUCAAAUUGACUGAACCUGUGGAGGUCCUACACAUCGCUCGCAUUCGGCAGGACUGGCAGGGCGGGAAAAACGACCUCAGCGUACUACAGGGAGAGAGCGUGGAGAUCCUCCGGGUUAAAAACACGCCGGGAGGGAAAUGGCUAGCUCGCACGGCUAACGGGGCGUAUGGCUACAUCAGUACGUCAUGUGUGGAUGUGGACUAUGAGGAGGUGAAGCGUAAGAUCCGUAGUGAAGCCCCUCCGCCAGUGCUCCCACACGACAGCGAGGUUUACGAUGACAUCGGUUCUUCAGAUAACGUGAACAGCUUUGACCAGGGUGAUGACAUAUACGAUGACGUGGACCCUAUACCUGAUGACUUCCCUCUCCCUCCUCCUGAGAUAAGUCAGAAGAGCAAGAGUAUGAUGAAGGAGGAAGAAACUCUCAGGAAAAAAUUCAAAUUUGAAGGCCCUAUUAAGGUUAUUGGCUGUAUGAUGGUGGACCCCAACGCUAACAUUAAAAGGGGGGGAUCCAAAGACCUGACUGUGACGCGUGGAGAGAUCCUGGACGUCAUCCAGCUGACUAACGACAAAAAGGCGCUGUGCCGCAACGAACAGGGGAAAUAUGGAUAUGUCCCAAGAGCUUACUUACUACAGGCGGAAGGUGAAAUAUACGAUGAUAUCGAUAACAGAACAGACGUGUAUGAUAAUGAUGCCAGUGGCAUGGCAUCACGGAGGCCCUGAACCCUGCGCUCUGAAACAUCACGUGGUCUCUCUGAUGAAGACUGAGAGGAGCUCAAGAAACUUCUGGAUUUUUCCCCAAAGAUUACUCACUGAAAUACUGUGUGUGGAGAGCGUGUGAAAAAAAGUGACCUAGUUUCGGGACCUAGUUCUUUAUACAUUCUAAUACAUUUUAAAGAACCAUUUUGUAUGUAUUGCCAAGAAAGCAAUGUUG